AUGGAGUCCCCCACAUCGUACCCUCCGGAGUCUCCUAUGGAGCAGGAGGAUAUCCCAUUUCCUUGCAAAGGCUGUGGAGAGAUCCUAGAAGAAGGCAAAGCUUUUGAACUUGCCGGCAACCGAUGGCACAUCGACUGUUUUCGCUGCAGCUCGUGCACCACCCUCCUCGAUUCGGAUGCGCACCUUUUGCUUCUCGGAGACGGGUCGUUGAUCUGCAGCAAUUGUACCUACAGCUGCAGCUCUUGCGGGAAUAAGAUCGAGGAUUUGGCCAUCUUGACCGGCGAACAAGCUUUCUGCGCCCAAUGUUUUCGAUGCAGGAACUGCAAAAGGAAGAUCGAGAAUUUGCGCUAUGCCCGGACGUCGCAGGGAAUCUUCUGCAUGGAUUGUCACGAGUCUUUGAUGCAGCGGCGGAGAAAGAAAAACAGAGGGGUUGCGUCUAAGAAGCAUGCAAGCCCCGGCAUAAAAUUAGACAAGUCGCUCCCUUCGCUUCCUCCUGAAGAGGCCGAACAGAUGAUGCAAGCCGCAGAUGACCUUUCUGUGGACGGGUAUAUUGAUUCGGGCGAGGUGAACCCUCGAACGACAGUGCCUGCGCUGGACGCGGGAAGAUCGUCUAUUGAUAAUCAAGAUAAUUUGAUCCUACCUUCGAGCACGUAUCGCAGCAACCGGCAUUCUGUCGUACCUUCGGUCGUACCUACCGAAUCUGAUGCAGAUGGUGGAGAAUUCCUGAUUCCACUCGCAUUCGACCCUUCAGAAGAGCAAAGACCCCCUCGCGAGCACUCUGCCAGGUCUCCAGACCGCGUUCCGAUGGAGGAUUCGUCUCCUCAUAUCGCCUAUCAGGAGAAAGGUCGUGACCGCCCUGAACCCGAGUCCCAUCGCUGGCGUCAAGAUGAUUCUCUGAACAAAGCGGCAAGGUCCAACUCUGCCCGAAGUUCUAGGUCGGACAUACCUGUGGGCCACAAAGGGAGCAGCUCCUAUUCCACGUAUGACAGCGUCAGGUCGUCGACGACUAUUGGAAGAGACAGUUUGACUCUUGACUCGAGAUCUACAGCUGGGGAGAGUGCAACUACAUUGCCUACCCGUCCCUCUUACGAGCUUCGUCGUCUACACGAGAAUGGAGGAUCCAUGGACUCGGCAACAUCAGUUGCGCAUCCCAAGCGGGGAGACUCGCUGGAAAGCAGGCACCAUAAGCUUCCUCGAAAAGAGGUUGUGCAAUCCCCUGGAGCUAAUUCAAUUAGUCAAAGUGACCAGUGGAGUGAACGGUCCGCGGACACUCUGAACAAGAACAAUGCCCAUAGUGUAGAGUCCCCGCGGCUUCCGCGUAGCGACUCAUUCGAACCGCCAAAGUCUCGCGUGCGUCCAAACUCAGUGAGCACCCCGCAACAAGCUGACACAUUCCGCCCUGUGGACUAUGGGGGAUCUCCUUCCCCUCUGCGCUACAGCGGCACGGGUGAGCUUUCUCUGGACGAGGAUAUGGCGCGAAUCUUGGGAUCAGACGAGCAGCCCUCGCAAUCAAGCGAAUCUUUCCUUCGCAGGAUGUCCAAUUCUGUACGUCAUGGCCGCAGCUAUAGCGAUAAAGGCUCACGAUUAUCCAAGGAUGCGAAGUGGCCCAAAUCGCCUGUCAAUGGGUCUGCUAAUGCCGCGACCAGCUCCCCGGAGCAAGGAGGAACCGACGAAUUGACAUGGCUUCGGAGCGAGCUGCGCAAAGAACGCCAACGGGUCAUCCAGCGGGACCAAAAGAUCGCUGAAAUGGAGUCUGUCCUCAAGGCGACUGCUGAUGUGAAGCAGGUCAACACCGAGCUUAAUGAGAAACGGUCGACCAUGGUAGUGUUGGAUGCUCAAAAGGAGAUUGUCAUGCGGGAGCUCACUGUUUUGACUGAGCAUCUAGAGUCUGAAAAACGCGGUGGCAGUAGCGGUCCUUUGGAUCUCAGUAAACUUACCAAUAAGGUUUUGCGGGACUUUGUUGAGUCUAUCCAGAGCCUGAAAGAUUCUUUCACACCCCAAAUUGAAGAAUUGGUGCAGAAGCGCAAUGAGGCUGCUGAAGAGCUUGCAAAGAUCAACAGUAUGAAGGACAAGAGCUUCCAGGAAUUCGAGCAGCUUUCCUCCAAGAACGCCCAGCUGGCUGAAUUGAACAACCAACUCGUCCACCAAAUUCAAGAGCUAUACAAAGCAAACAACUCCGACGGCCGCAGUGCCAACGGGCUCGGAAUUUACUCGCACGGAAAGGAAAAGUCGCUCUCCUCGAUCGAUGCACUGAAGGCUGCGGGUGAACUACCGCCAUCGGUCUCGACACCUAACAUGUCGGAAGAAGCCGAGCCAGCCACCGUUGUCCCUGGUCCACAGGUUGUCAGCAUCCGUAAAGGACAGCCUCGCAAGUUCAACUGGAAGAAGGGAGGCCAAAAUGUCGCCAAGGGAGUCACCAAAGGUCUUAAGGGAGCGUUCAUGUCAAGUGAAAGCACUAGCACCACGGAUGGCGCACCCGGCCUGCCACGCUCUCAAACCCAAGACCCCAGUCGCCAGGGCUUUGGCUUUUUCGGUAACCAGCGCAGCAAACAAACGGGCACUAGAAUGCCGCAGACCGAUAGUGUUCCAGCUCUGGCCGAAGCCUCCCCAACAGGACUUUUCGGAACCGAUUUGGAGCAGCGCAUGGAGCAUGAGAAGAGUAUUAUUCCGGGUAUUAUCACCCGCUGUAUACAAGAGGUUGAGUUACGAGGCAUGGACAUGGAAGGAAUUUACCGCAAGUCUGGUGCUAGCUCCGCUAUCCAGACAAUUCGAGAAGGUUUUGAGCGGUCUCCGCAGGAUUAUGACAUCUCGGACCCGGAUUUAGAUAUCCACGCCGUGACCUCGGCGCUCAAGCAAUACUUCCGCAAGCUACCCAUGCCGCUCAUCACAUACGACGUAUACGAAAAGAUUAUUGAAACAGGGGAGAUCAGUUCUCAUUCCGGCCGAGUUGAAGCCCUGCAGAAGAGUCUCGGAGAGCUACCGCGAGUACACCAGGAUGUACUGGAGUUCCUCGUGUUUCACUUGAAGCGUGUCGUCGAGCGGGAGAAGGAGAACCUGAUGACAAGUCAGAACAUUGCUGUUGUCUUCGCGCCAACAAUUAUGAGGCCUCAAAGUCUGGCGCGAGAAAUGACGGACGUCCAAAAGAAGAACGAGGUGGUUAAAUUCCUGGUGGAUCACUGCCAGGAAGUGUUUAUGGGCAUGCAAAAUAACAACUAA